GACUUGAGAGAAAAACUUGAGAAAACAAAAUUUUCUUAGCUCGCCGUGCAUCGUCAGUCUCAGUUUAACGUCCAUCUCUGAUUCUUGUGUAACUUGCGCAUCAGUAAUCAGCUACAGAGACUAGGUUAGUUUCUAUCUGGUUACAAUGGCUACAGACAAGGUUGUGCAUGAUCAGGCAAGAUGGGCAAUGGCAGCCAUGGAACGGAGACUUGCUGUUGCAAAAGCUCAGCAACAACAGAAGAAUGAGAAAGAUAAGAAGGGAACUUCCGAUGUACAUGUCUCUUCAAAACAACCACUUCAAGCUGAUCCAUCCCCUACUCCCUCAAAGACAUCAAUUAAAAAAGAUCCGAAGGAGGAUGAUUAUGUUGCAUAUACAAAAUUUUCCCAUCCCGUUGAUGAGAAUUUGUUGGCAACCAAUGUUAAGUUUUCUAGUGCGAAGGGAACUAUAGUCGACAAGGUUUUGCAUAACCUCCUUCGAAGUGGUGACUCUGCUCAAAAGUACUUGCAAGGUACUAAAAGUGUGAAGCUGGACAACUAUAUCCUCCUUGAUAAUUUUGUACAGUCGCGUUCUUCAGCCUCUGGUUCUAAAAAGGUAUCACAGAAGGAUUCAAAACGUUCUAAGAGCCGUAUGUCUAUGAAGCGACUCAAGAAGUCUGGUGCUUUGCAUAUGCCUAAAGAUCUCCAAAAGUUUGAUUUGUUUAAGCCAAUGCAUGGUAUGUGGGAAAGUUACAUGAUGCAACUUAUCAAGGUGACUGGGAAGAUUCAGCUAAGCACAACUCUUCUCUCAGCAGAUCUUCACGGUGCUUUUAUGUUUGUUGCUGAGUGCAAGAUAGCAUCGUUCACUGGUGUACAAGGCAUAAUGGUGCGUGAGACAUCCGAAACAUUUGGAAUAAUCACAAGAGAUGACAAAUUUCGAGUUGUGCCAAAGAAGCUCUCUGUCUUCAUCAUCCAACUCGACUGCUGGAAGAUUACUUUACAUGGGGACAAGUUUAUUUCAAGAGACAAUACUGUUCAACGUUGAUGCUAAAAUGAGCUCUAGUCUUCUUCUUUUUUUUAUUUAUUUCUUAGCUCGUGAUAGGAAGGAACAACCAUUGAUGACUACGGAAGCAUCCUAGUAUCACAAGAUUUUGCUUUAGAUCUUUCCUUUUGUACCCAACAUAUUAAUAUAUUCUUUAAUGUUUUGAAUUAUGUAUGGAUCCUCCUCUGUAAAUAUACUACUGUCUUA